AUGCGCUCCAUCUCCACCCCAGCACCCUCCCCAGCUCCAAGUCUGUCGUCUAGCUCUGGGCAUGGCUCUGAGUUUGGUGGCCUAACAUCAGCCGGUGCUGUUCCGGGCUCAGGUACUUACAGUCGGGUUCCCUCUCACCAUGCCUCCAUCUCUGGCUCACCCAGUGACUACGGUUCUUCAGAUGAGUAUGGUUCCAGCCCAGGGGAUCACACCCUUCUCCCCUCCCCAAGCCUCCCUGGAAGCUCCGUCGGUAGCAUCGGCAGCCAGUCGCUCGGUGAGGAUGGAGCCAACUAUAUCCUGAUGGGUCAUCGCGGUGCCGGAAACAGUAAUCAAGGCAGCGCAACGCCAAACACCCAGCCCGGAACGCCGGCCGGGGGCUCCCAGUCGAGGAGAGUGCUGCGUCGCUCCUCCAGCCGUGAAUGUGAAACUGAGCGUAGGCUGCUGAGCAAGCGGGCCUCCUUGCCGCCUAUGGCCCUGGAAAGACUGGCCCCGUGUCAGCGCAGGGCCGAUGAGCCCGCGGGGGAAGACUCAGCCGAUUACGCCAUUAUGUCCAGCACGGGCCGAGAGUCCUUAAAUCCCGCCUGCUCUACCGGGAGAGAAUCGGCCGCGAGUGCUUGUGCGGGCGGAGGAGAGUACCUGGACGUGGCGGUGGAGUUCAAAACCGAAGGGGCCGGAGGAACGGGUGGUGGUGUAGAUGUAGGCGUGGACAAUGGGUACAUGUCCAUGCUGCCUGGAGUCACUCAGCCCCCGGCGUCCUUAUCCCAAUCGCUGGCCGUGUCUGUCCCAGACUCGGACCCCAAACCUGCCGACGACUACAUGGCCAUGACCCCUAACAACAGCGUGUCCCCCCCUCAGCAGAUCCGUCCGUUACCAACCUCUGACGGGUAUAUGAUCAUGUCCCCAAACAGUAGCUGCUCCCCAGACCAGCGUGGGGGCCUCUCUGGGGGGGCCUGGGUUGGCAGUGGUAGCGCAGACAGCCGAGCUGGCAGCGACUACAUGAACAUGUCUCCAAUCAGCGCUCGCUCUGUAAACGGCAGCCCCCCACCUCCCGAGCCCACCAGCCACUUGGAGACCGGCUUGCAACAACAAGCCCCCAAGAUGGUUUAUUCGUACUAUUCUCUUCCCCGGUCGUACAAACACAACCCUUCCGCCGGACAUUUUGACGACGGGCCCGGGCGAGGCAGGAAGCCCAGUGGGAGCUGUAGUCGGGGAGCGGGAGGAGUCCGAACCAGCGCUGGGUGUCAGGAGCAACCGGCAGCAGGCGGUUCAGCGGUUGGGCGUCACCUUUCGCUGUCCUCGUCCUCGUACUCGUCCAGCUCAGCCAGCAGCGAGAGUCUCGGGGAGGUGGACGAUCGAAGUCAGGCUUUGAGCAAAAAAAGUGGAUCUCAGUCCAAAGAAGGGAGCAAGGUGGCUCAGAGGCGGGGCUCUGGUGGGUUUUCUAAGCCAAGUAGACACACUAGAAGCAGACCAGUGAGCCUGUUUGUUGACGUAUCCAAGGCUAACACCCUUCCGAGGGUCCGUGAGAACCCGCUUCCUCCAGAACCUAAGAGUCCUGGGGAGUACGUAAGCAUUGAAUUUAAGGGGGAGAAUUUAAACCUUAUGGGGAUUGGACUAGGACGCGGCAGGGGUUUAAGACACGGUUCUUCCCUGCCUCACGGCUCAAAUAGCCAGCUUCCUCAGAACAGACCGACUUCUUGUGUCGGAAACUUUAUCCCGCUCUCCCGUAGUCCAUCUGCCCCCAUCACUCCCCCAGCUGCCUCGGAGUAUGUCAACAUGGAUCUGGGCCCUUCUCCGUCCCCCUCCCCGCUGUCUCUCACCCAGUCAGUUUUCCCAGCUUUCCACACCCCUCCCACACCUCCGACUCUCGCUCACGCCCCCAAAUCCUGUACGGACGGUACUAACGGUCCUCACAAAGACAUUGCAGAAGCGGCCGAGGCCCCUCUCAGGAAAAGCCGGGAAAAGGACCCGUCAGUGACGGAGUCCGAGUCCCCCACAUCCUGCGGAGACUACACAGAGAUGGCCUUCAGUUUGAACAACAACAGCACCGUCCCGCGAACGUCACCCAACGUGUCGCCCAAAGUCCCGUCCCCCACAAGGACUGACCCCUCCCUGCUGUCUCGGGGUCUGGACUUCCCGAUGGGCAAAGCGGCGCCCAACCCCGACCAGGGGGCCAAGGUAAUCCGGGCGGACCCCCAGGGGCGCCGGCGACACUGCUCAGAGACCUUCCUCGCCCCACCCUCCCUCCCCACCCCGGCCGCCUCCUCCUCCUCCUCCUCCACAGCCUCCCUCUUUCCGGAGCACGCGCAGACGGUGGCCCGCCGCCUGGCCUUCGAAAGCAUGCUCUGGGGGAACGGCGCCGUGGCCGAGCCCCCCGCCAACAGCCAAACCGCGCCCGCCGAACACGGCCUCAACUACAUCGACCUGGACCUGGUCAACAAAGAGGCUCCUCACGCCGGCCCGGACGGGCCCCCCGGGGGCCAGGCCCCGCCCCGGCUCUUCUCGGCCGUGGGCGCCGGCCCCGGGGUCGGCGUGGUGAGCGUGGCCGUCGGCGGCAGCAACUCCAGCCUCAACACCUACGCCAGCAUCGACUUCUACAAGUCCGAGGAGCUGCGGACGCAUCAGAACGGAAACAAGGAGGGAACAGGUACGAGUUUCCGCCCUCUUUUGUGCGUCAGCGUUUGUCUUUGCUCUGAUGUUUGCCCUUUGCUUUCUCCCCCUGCACUUUAUGUUUUGCCUCGUGAUCAAAGAUAA